AUGACUGGUGAAGACGAUCUUAACGACGGCUUGGAUUAUAAGUUUGAGGCAUCUGAGGAUGAAGGUGUGAGUGUUCCUAAGGAAAAUGAAGAUCAGAGUGAUAACGAACAGAAAACUGAGCAGGAAGAGGAAGAAAAAAAGUCCAAAAGUAAUAAGAGGAAGAACACUGACAAGGAAAAGCUUAAGGAAAAGAAGAAAAGAAAGUUGGAAUACGACACGGCAGAAAAGAAGAAUAUAGCAACUCAAACAGCUGACAUCAUUGCCGAAAAAUUAGCACAAAAGGUGAAGAGACAAAACAAAAAAUUAUCAGCAUUGGAACUCAGUGAUUUAUAUAUCAGCAAAAGUAACAUAGCCUACACCGGUGACUGGAAGGAGGAGAGAACUUUGAAAAAUUUACCUAGCUUUUUGGAAAAUUUCAUCGAAAAUGAUGUCUUAUCGAAAUCACCAAAAAGACUUCGGGCUGAAGCUAAGAAGGCUGGCAAAAAGGACGUGAAACCAGAAGAAAAAAAGGGGAAACCGGCAAGGCACGAGCACUGCUAUGCAUUGGUUAUAUCUAUGUCUGCAAUUAGAGCGUGCGAUGUUCACCGUGCAACACGAUCUAUGGAGGCUGGAUCUAUGAAACUUAUCUCGAAAAACAGACUUAAAGAUGAUAUCAAAAAUCUAAAAUCAAGCAGGUGUCGAAUUCUUGCAGGUACCCCAGGUAGAAUCAAAAGAAUUCUUGAAGUUGAGAAGUCACCUUUAAAAGGAACAGAGAUCAAAGCCGUGAUUUGUGACUGCUACCUGGAUUCUAAGCUGCAAAACUUGUGGGACACACCGGAUACAAUUAGAACACUUAGGAAGAUUAUCGAUGGCAACAAAGAUGUGCGCAUAUACUUAUAUUAA